AUGGAGCUAGAUUCGGCCGUCGCACUGAGUGCCACAUCAGCGGCACGUAACAGCGCAGCUCGCGCCGCCCCGCGCGCCGUGCACACCGGAGUGCGCUCGGUUCUCGAGGCGCCUCAAAUAUCGACUCUGUACACUAGCGGGAUGCGCUCGCACCACCGCGUUCCCCGCUGGAAUAGGUCCAUUCGUCUAACCCGGCGGCCACCGGCCUUAAUAGUAGCGCUACUCGUGGCCGUCGCUGUCUUGGGCAAUGGCAGCAGUCUUGGCAGUAGCAGCAACCUGCCGCGCGAGACGCCCUGCUGUUCCCCGUCCUCUCACUCUACUCUCGCGCCUCUCGCGCGUCUCGCUACUGACGCGCAUGACUCCAUUCACGCGAUUCAACGCUUCUCGCGUCGUCUUCUGCAAGAAUCGCCCGCCUCGUCCCCUGAUCAAUCGAGUAGCCCUCUACAGUCCCGCCCUCUUUUCAUAACGCUCAUUGCCGCGUGUGCUGCACUCAUCCUCGUUAUAGCCAGUAUCGGAUUCUGCAUGUGCUGCAGACAAGCAAGGAGAGCAGAGAGCAGCUUCGACGAGGCGUUUCUAGCAGACUACAUUGCCCGCUCCGCCCACCACUACGACCCCUUGCUCAAGCUUGGUUCGGGCCAAUUUGGAGACUCGUUCCCGUGCUCCGGACCAGAUGGCGAGCCUUGGCUUGUGGUUCGGGCCACCAUACCUGAUAAUUUGGCUGGUGCCACGUGGCUGCCUUGGACUGGCGCGGCUGCCAAGAAAAGAGCGUUCAACGAAGAGAUCAUCCGUUGCUCUGGUUUGUCGCAUCCCCAUCUGCUGCACCUGAUUGGCUGGAGCGACCAGCCCCUGGGGCAGGCGGGUGGCAGCAGGCGGCUGAGGCAAGUGGGGGAGAGCAUGAGGCAGUGGGCGCAGAUACUGUGGCGGAAGAGAGGCGCGCAGGAGCAGGGGGACGGUGGGGGGUCAGGGAGAGGAGAUGGUGUGGGAUCAGGGCGAGGCGAGCGUGCGGGGUCAGGGCGCGGAGAGGGUGAGGGGUCUGGGCGAGGCGAGGGCGAGGGUGAGGGUUCAGGGCGAGCAGAGGGUGAGGCGUCAGGGGAAGCAGGGAUGCAAGGCAGAGCAGUAGGGAUUGCGGGUGGAGAGGAGGGGGAGGAGAGAGGGAAGGCGGGUGAUCAAUCUGUUGCUUCGGACAGCGACUCGCAGUCCCCCCCACCGCUGGCCUUCUCCCAAAGAUUAGACUUAGCCACGGCAAUCGCAGAGGCACUGAGUUAUCUGCACACAGUCACGCAGCCCGCCCUGGUGCACCGCCUCGUGUCUUCCUCCUCUGUCUUCCUUGAAGUGCUGCCUGUGGCCCGGCUGGCGAAUCUCGGCAUUAUCAAGGGCCUACCCGGCUCUCCCUGCCUACUUCAGCAGUGCCACGUGGCAGCUCCUCAUAGGGACCCGGAUUGGUGGGAGCGCAUAUGGCCAACCCCCCGCACAGAUAUCUAUGGCCUGGGCAUUAUCAUGCUAGAGCUGCUCUCAGGCUGUCCAGCCACCACCACGGACCAAGCCACUGCCAGCACCAUAUCCUUUGACGUGCAACAGAUGUUAGACAGCAUAGCAACAGACGAUAUUGCUACGGUGCUGGACCCCUCCAUAGCCGCCCAGUCCAUGCCAAUUCGUCCCAUCCGCUCCUUCGCCCGCCUCGCCGCCCGCUGCGCCGCCCCUGCCGCCCGCUCUCGUCCCGACAUCAGCACAGUGGUAUCAGAGCUGCAGGGGAUCAGCCGCGCCAUGAUUCGACUCAGCAUGGCCCGCACCACCGCCCACAACUCCUUUGUUUCGCGAGCAGACUCGUGCCUUGACUCUCCAGAAGGCUCUGAAGAAGAUUCACCUGAAGAUUCAUCUGAAGGUUCACGUGAGGAGUUGCCCGAGGAUUCACAUGCCGGCUCGCCAGAGUUUCAAACACAAGAGCCAGUUGACCCAUCUUGGAAUGGCAGGGGGCAGUUUCAGAAGCUCGGGUGA